CCCCUGUGCGGGAGUGGGCAGCCACUUUGAGCUCUGCUGCUGAAGUCUGAUUGAAGCGGCUGAGAAGAAGAGAAACUACAGCAGAGGGAAGCGCACAGUCUGUACUUGGCCUGCUGUGGUUUGUAGUUUUUUUGUUGUUGUGACAGAGCUUUCUUAUUAAGAUGGCGUAUCACAGCCCCUACAGAGCCCCCCCGCAUAUCAACGCUCCUCCGGACCAGAGCUUCCUGUGGAAUAUCUUCCAGAGGGUUGACAAAGACCGGAGUGGAGUGAUCUCCGACUCCGAGCUUCAGCAGGCCCUGUCCAAUGGCACAUGGACUCCCUUCAACCCGGUGACGGUCCGCUCCAUCAUCUCCAUGUUUGACAGGGAAAACAAAGGCGGCGUCAACUUCAACGAGUUCGCCGGCGUGUGGAAGUACAUCACCGACUGGCAGAACAUCUUCAGGACCUACGACAGGGACAACUCGGGGUUCAUCGACAGGAACGAGCUCAAACAGGCACUGACCGGAUUCGGCUAUCGUCUAUCAGACCAGUUCUACGGCACUCUGAUAGAGAAGUUUGACCGGCAGAGGAAGGGACAGGUGGCCUUUGAUGACUUCAUCCAGUGUUGCAUUGUAUUACAGAGGUUGACUGACGUUUUCAGGCGAUACGACACAGACCAGGACGGCUGGAUCCAAGUGUCUUACGAACAGUAUCUUUCCAUGGUCUUUAACGUCGUAUAACGCAGAUGAAGACCGCAGAAGAGCACAACUGGACACGACUGUGCCAAAGCUCCCGGCGCCCUCUGGAUGUCUGCCAGGGUGGACACUACAACAUUUUUUUUUUUUUUUUUUAAACCUAGUCUAAGCCUGAUUUGGAGAGUCUAAUGAGAAGCUGUAAUCUUAAAGUUAGAAAAAAAAAGUGAUUGAGAUAUGGUAAGA